CUUAUAACCAAAAAGCUCAUUCUUAAGCCACCAAAUACCCAAAAAAUCCGUUUUUUUUUUCAAAUUUUCUUAGUACCUAAACAGACCCUGAGGACACCCUGUACAUCCACCUUCAACCAUUACCCCAUUAAGCAGCAACCUCUUGGGCAAUAAAGUCACUUGCAAAAUUUGUCGUGUGCAGUCAGUAUUAUUAGUUCGAAAUACACCGAUAAUAAUGCGGAAAAUGUAUUAUUUUCAUUACGUUUUUCUUGUGAGUUUUGGUGCAUGUUGGUCCGAUAAUGGUUUAGUGCCGGAAUUUCACCAUAAUGCCGGUGAUAAUGCGGCAUUUGGGGACUGCAUAAGUCCCACCAACGGUUCUUCUUCUUAUAAAAUGAAAACUGAUCAUUUUAAUGCAGAUUUUUCGAUUUUUGAUAUGUGGAAAUCGUUUCCUUUUGACAUUUUUUCCAAUUUGAGCUAUCACACUAUAUCGUCCAAGUGUCAGGAUGCUUACCAGAGACACCUCGAUGGUGUGAGGAGGAACGACUUUAAAUCGCUCAAACUAUUUGAUGCAACUGCUAAACCCUCAUCCGGCCUUUUAAGUGGAAACCUAAACCAAUACGGAAACUUCGAUCAAUGCCUAACGGUACCAUCCGCCCAAUACUGUUUGGCCCUAAUCGACUUGGAACCACUAUGGAAAAGUACCGCACUGGCAAAAUAUGCCACAUUGGUUCACUCCUAUUAUAGCAUUAAGGAGACAUUUAAAGACCCUAUCCAUAGGGUACCAGGUUUCACAUAUGCCAGAUGGGGAUUUUGUAUUCCAAGGCACUGUACUUUUAAAGAUUUAUCCAGGGCUAUUUAUGCCAAAUUGGGAGUGAGGGCGGAUAUUAGGACCAAAUUAUGCCAAAUAUCUGGAGAAGUUAAAACGUUGUUUUUGGGAGAUUAUUUGGCUAGAGCAUACUUUUUUAUUAUCAUGGCUUUUGUGGUUGUAUCAUCUGCACUGUAUGGGAGAACUCAUUGUAAUGGCUUAUGGACCUCAUUUGCCAUCCAGAAAAACUUUAAACAACUCUUCCAGCUAUCGGUUAAUGAUAAGGAAUAUAAGUCGGUGCAUGGGGUGCGUUUUUUCUCCGCCCUAGCACUGCUGAUGGCCCAUAAAACGAUGGCUUCUUUAUACAAUCCUUAUAUUAAUAAAACCCAAAUGGCAGAAGGUCACGCAAUGAAGUGGUCCGUUAUAGGUAGAAAUGCGAUAAUUUACACCGAUUGUUUUUUAUUGAUCAGUGGACUUUUGAAUGCGAACGCCCUUUUUAGUGAACUGGAGAAGACCAAGGGGAUAAAUUUUAAGGAAAAGUUGGUUAACAGGCUUUUUAGAAUAGUACCAGGAUUGUUAACUGUAAUUCUAUUUUGUACUUAUUUGUUGCCAUAUAUGGGUGCAGGGCCCCUAUGGCCUAUGGUGAUUACUCACCAUUCGGACUUAUGCAAGCAGCAUAUGUGGCGAAACUUGCUGUUUGUUCAUAAUUAUUUUGGAUUUAAAAAUAUGUGCUUAACGCAUACCCACCAGCUUGGGAUCGACAUGCAGCUCUUUCUAGUUACGCCUAUCUUUGUUUUGCUCCUUUGGAGAUCAAAAGCCAAAGGGCUCUACCUUAUGGCAUUUUUUGCAUUAGUUUCUACAGCCUUAAGAUUUAUUAAUACUUACUACUAUAAUUUAAGUCAUGUAGUACAUUUUGGAAUACCAAUAUCCAGAAUGUUUGAUACAGCUGAUUAUUCGUAUAUCUUACCUACUCAUAGAGCUUCCAUAUAUUUAAUGGGUGUGUUCUUAGCAUGGAUUUUAAAAUAUCAGAGUUGCCAUCAUGUUCUUUUAAAGAAUAAACUAGUUACUCCAAUAUGGGCUCUAGCCUACAUUUUAGGGUUUACAACCUGGUUUGCCCCAAUGAAAAUGUGCAUAGGAAAUUAUGAAUAUAAUAACUUAGAAGCCGCAUUAUAUGGGGCAAUAUAUCCGUUUACUUGGGGCGGUGCAGUGGCUUGGGUUAUUUAUGCCGUGGAAAAUGGAUUUGGAAGUUGGUUUACUGCAGUUUUAACCUGGAAAUAUUUCCGGAUAUUCACCAAGAUCGCUUACGGGGUUUAUCUCGUACAAUUUCCGGUAUUUUUUUAUAAUGUUGGCGUCACGCGGUACGUUGGGGAGUUCAAUCAUUUCAUGAUGUUGCCUCCUAUGGAAACUAUUUCUAUCCUCUUCUUUGCCAUAUUACUCACGCUUUUCGUAGAGAUGCCAUUUCAAAAUGUAUAUAAAUGUAUUAAAUUAGGCCUUGUAAAUGUCAAAUAAAUAAAAUUCCUUAGUUU